AUGAAAAAGUCUAAUAAAUUGAAUAAGACGGAAUAUAGCAUUGCUAUAUUUAAACGGUUUGAUAUAUAUUGGCAAUUGUUAGGAUACAAAACCAAAUAUAAUGCGUAUCUCAUGUAUAUCUAUCAAACGAUAAUAACAAUUGCUGUGACGAUUGGGUUUCCAUUGCAUCUCAAUAUUGGACUACUGUUGGCUCGCAAUCAAGAAGAAUUCUUCAAUAACAUGGCUUUAAAUGUAGCCAGCAUUGCAUGUACCAUUAAAAUUAUUACAUACACAAUGCAUAUUAAUGAAAUGGAAGAACUAACAGAACUAUAUGCAAAACUCGAUGCACGUCUUCAGAAAAACGAUGAAUCCACAUAUUUUCAGUACAAAGUCAAACGUUUCUCUCAUUUUAUGGUUACCAUGUUUAGCACUAGUUACUUUUCAUCAGGCAUUGUUUUAUUAAUUUCGUUGGCACUGGGCGGUAAGAGACGUUUGCUCUGUCCCGCUUGGCUGCCUAUUGAUUGGGAGACCAGUAGUUUCAGUUAUAUUUGUGCUAUUAUAUAUCAAUACAUUGGUCUAUGUAUGCAAACCGUGCAAAAUGUUAUUAACGAUGCUUACAGCCCAGUCGCGUACUGUACACUUGCCGGACAUGUGCAUAUAUUGGCCAUGCGCAUCUCCAAAAUUGGCUACAAUGCCAAAAUGGCAGACGGAAUUAAUGCCACGGAACUACAUGAGUGUUUUGAAGACUACAGCCGUAUUAUGUGUAUACAUCGACGACUGGAACGAAUAGUUUCCAUACCGCUUUUAGUGCAGUUCUUAGCGAAUGCACUCAAUAUCUGCGCUGCACUUGUUUAUCUACUAUUUUUUGCGGACAAUAUAAUCGGCUAUAUAUAUUAUAUAAUGUUUCUGUUUUCGAUUAUUGUGGAAUUAUUUCCGGUUUGUUAUUACGGUAGCCUAAUGGAGGAUGAACUUCGAAAUUUACCUUAUGCACUAUUCACCUGCAAAUGGUUUACCCAAACAAACGUUUUUCGACGCAGUAUUAUUGUCUUUACGCAGAUUUCGUUGCGGAACGUUCCAGCUUUUGCUGGAGGUUUGUUCCGAAUUCAUUUGGACUCUUUUUUCGCUACUUGCAAAAUGGCUUAUUCCUUCUUUACGCUCGUCAUGAGUAUUAAAUAA